UCAGAUAAAGUCGGCACUUGUGCUCAGAUGUCGCGGGUAUCGUGUACCUUAUGACCAGACCAACACUACGACCCUUUUAAAAUUAGGAAACCUUGUGUUUCCAGGGGAAAGGAGAGCAGAAUGACUAUAGCCUCUGAGAGGGUACUGGGUUGCCUUUCCUUGGAUAUUGUCAUAAGUUAACUACGCCCGGCGGGCAUUAGGCGACGUAGACUAGAAAAUCCUCCGCACAGGUGGCCCGGUUCGGGUGUCUCAGGUGAACGGACUCCUCCCCCGGGGAUGGAAUGCGGAAGCGGCGGUAGGAGGAGGAGUUCGCGGAGACAGAGCGGGGAGACUCCCGGAGACAGUGUCUGGGACACUGGGGGGAACCUGCGCUGUACAGUGAGGAGCAGGGCAUUGCGCCAGAGACACGGGAGGCUGCCCCAAGGAAACGGAAGGGCAAGGACUCUGGCACUGCCAGUCCCACCAUGCCCCCCGCUCUAUGAGCCAUGUCCACCCAGACAACCCUUCCGCCGGAGUCGGAACCACCCGUACCAGAACCAGGCGCCAAUGAACCCAAAAAGAAAAAGCACAAAGGGGGCACCCUGCGGCGUGCACUGAGCUGGCUCCGAGGGCGCAAGAAGAAGAAAACAGAGGUCAAGCAGCAACAGGAGGGCAAAGAACAAACAAAGCCCAGUAAGGAACCCAAGCCAAGCCCAGCAGAGGAACCUCUUGACAAUGGCUUCUUUCCUAGAAAACGCACAGCCCUUGUGGAGGAGAUUCACAACCAAGCUCAGGAGGGCCUUAAAUCACUUCAGAGAAGAGAGAAGCAGCAGAACAAGCAUCAGCCCCAAGAGGAGAACCAGAGCCCUUUGCCCCAACCAGACAGUACUGAUAAUGGCUUCCGUACACGAUCUCUAUCCUGUGCCACUGAGACCACUGACGAUGCCAUGACUGUUCGAUCAGAAAUGAUUCAGCGCAAAGGUUCAACUUUUAGACCUCAUGACUCCCCCAGUGUCUUCUCAGGGAGACAAGGACGAAGGCGCAAGGAGAAAAGAGCCACUGUCAUGGGAGUCCCACAUCUCGUAGCUGCAGAACUGGGUUUGCAGUCUUCCGGUUUACCGGCACACCGUGGAAUUCAUGAACUUUUCCCUAAAGAUGGACAGACAGCUGGAAAGCAGGCACCUAUUGCUGGAAUGAAUGGCAUUUCAAGAGCAGAGGAUAAUUUUGUGGUUAUUCCAACGGUAGAUGGUAACGCAACAUCAACUCCACAUGAAGGAGCUCAUAUCUCUUUAGCAGCUCUGGAGCAGACUGAGGCUAAAUUGCAGCGACAUAUUGACAGGGUGUAUAAGGAUGACAGUUACAUUGACUUGAAAUCUGGCCCCAAAAUAUCCCCUCUGCUCCUUCGUCCAAAGUCUCUUGCUGUACCUGGGAUGACUACUCAUUCACCUCAGAGUGACAUGAGUCCUGUCAUGUGCAUAUCACCCCAGGCCACAUACAUGUCCAAGAUCAUUCCAAAUGCUGUGCUGCCACCUAUGGUGGAUGUAGUGGCUUUGAGCCACUCCAGUGUCCGAACCUUAAGUCGCUGUAGCCUAGCCUCUGCCAGCCCGGCCUCUGUGCGUGGCUCACUCCACAGGGGAAGAGGCCAGUCCUUUUCAAGUGACACAUGGAGUCGCUCACAGUCAACAGAGACUAUUGUAUCUGACUCUUCCACUAUCUCCUCACAUGGUGGGGUGCGGGAAUCAAGUGAGAAACAUGAGUCUCGACUUAGCACUGGGAGAGCAUCACCAGCUCCCAGCACAGGCACCCAAGAUGGCUCAGAUUCCGCUAGCCUGUGCAGUGCUCGAUCUUCCAUUCGCAGUGUAUCUCUGAGAAAGAGCAAGAAAGCUCCCACUCCCCCUAAGCGAACCUAUUCUCUGCAACAGCAGAGGGAGAUGGGGCUUCCUCCUAGGCCCGAGAGAAAACAGGCCCCUAAACCUACUGUUGCACGGGAUCCUUGGGUGCCUAAAACAGAAGCAGCAAUGUUAGACAAUGAAGUGUUUUUACCAACCAUGUAUAGUGCAAAGCUAAGUUCACCAAGCCGGUCAGACAGGACUCUUUCUCCAUCCAGUGGAUACUCAAGUCAAAGUGGCACUCCUACAUUGCCUCCCAAAGCCAUGCUUGAAUCCUCAGAAUCUCCUGGUUCCCACAGGAGAACUCCUCCAAAACCAGAAAGAACAAGUUUGCUGAGAGCAAAGGAGGGAUCAUCAGUAAGCACUAACUCUUCUGCUGAAGCUACUUCUCCUAUUUUGGCCAGCCCAGCCAGAGUUGGUACUUCAGUGGGAGAACAAGGGAGGCUAGGUUUAAUACCUCCACAUCCAAUUGUGCCUGCUCCUUUAUGCCCUCCUCCAAGCAAGAUUAGUGGACUUGUGAACACACCGAGUGGCACACCAGAUGCAUCACCACCUCCUUCUCAUCACCCCACACCACCACCUACCAGAAAAUCUGACUCAGAAAGACAGAGUAUGCUCAUCUCUCAGAAAAUCUUUGAACAAAGAGAAAUUCUGUGGCCACCACCUCCUCCUGAUGUCCCUGAUUUACAAGAUACGUCUAUGGCAGAUUUUCCUCCUCCUGAGGAGGAACUUUUCCUGCCCCCACCACCGUCACUGGACUCUGCAUGUGAUUCUCUACUAAAUUCAGAUAAAAUAUGUAUUGUUUCAUAUAAAGAGGAGGCAAAAAGUUGCAGGGGGCCUUCUCAGUUACCUAUUGAACACAUGGACAUUUCAGUUGCCGCAGAGGCCCAACCUGCUGCUCUCUCUUUUCUUGCUCCUGAUUCUACAUCUUCAACUCAUUCCACAGAGCCUGUUCCUGUUUCUGUUUCUAAAGUUAAUUCAGCAGAUACUUCAACAAUGUCUACACCUGUAUCUGUGCCUCUUUCCAUAGAUCCAUCGUCUGCCUUUGUGCCUACGCUCCCACAGCCCAUUCCUGCCUCUGCAACAAUUCCCACAGUAUUUGCAUCUGCCUCUGUGCCUCCUCUGACAGAGACCAAACCUGUGUCUGUGCCUCCUCUCGCAGAGACCACACCUGUGGCUGUGCCUCCUCUCACAGAGACCACACCUAUGUCUGUCCCUCCUUUCACAGAGACCACACCUAUGUCUGUCCCUCCUUUCACAGAGACCACACCUAUGUCUGUCCCUCCUUUCACAGAGACCACACCUAUGUCUGUCCCUCCUGUUACAGAGAUCACACAUGCUUCUGUGCCUCCUCUCAUAGAGACCACACCUACUUCUGUGCUGCCUCUCCCAGAGACCACACCUUCUUUUGGAAAGCCUACACUUCUUGGGGUGCCAGCUAUCACAGAUGUUUUACAUGCUCCUCUUGUGCCAUCUGUAACUUAUAAAUCACAUACUGUUGCCACACCAUUAGUGCUAAACUGUGCCACCAGCACUGUGCCCACUACAGGAUCAGAUGUUGCUAAGGACUCAUCUAUAUCCACAGUGGAUCCAGCUAUUUCCACAACUGCAUCUAGAAGCACAGUUUCUAUGGCUCCUGUGCCGUUAUCACAAACCUCUAGAUCAUCCAUCCCACUGGUGCCAGGUAGUCCCAGGCCCAAGCCAAGCACAUGGAAGCCAGUGAGUGCCCCUUCGAAAAAGAUUGCAGCUCCUAAUCAGUCUGUUGCUGCUACACCAAAGGAGGAUGCUAACUUGCCUAUUGUGACCCCUUCUCUGCUACAGAUGGUUCGACUGCGCUCUGUACAAGUCAGAGGUCCACAGGAGCACAAAAACCAGGCAUUUUCUGGAGUCCCUGUACCGCAAAAACCUGUACGGAAAUCACUCUCUCUGAGAUCCCCACCUGGCUUUAAUAGCCCUGCUGGGGAAAGCAAUGUAGAAACCACAAAGCCACUACAGAAAAUUGCAGAGCCUGAACAAACCCCCUCUGCACAAAGAUCUCCUGCCUCUGCUGCCAGUUUUGUGUUUUCCCGGGGGUCAAAAAAGUUUGUGUUUGAGCCUCCAGCAUCAGAAGAGGCUGAAGCAUCACUGAAGAGAAACCUAGUGGCAGAACUUAAAUCACAGGGCAUACCACGGAGCCCAGAGGAGAAACCCCCGCUACAGAGAAAGCCAAGUAAAGUUCCUCCACCAGUAGCAAGAAAACCAUCACUAGCAAAACCACGAACAUCAACCAGCUCUGACAUCUCGACAGGAGACAGCAAUGGAAGUGCGUGUACACCCUGUGACACAAGACCAGCUCCACCAGCAACAGGGACAAAUGCAGCUGAAACUCUGGCUGGCCAUGAGCAGCAGCAACCCAGACCUGUGGAGCAAGAAUGAUCCAUUGUGAGAAAUACUUAAGGUGAUGCAGCCUCAGGGAUGCCUCUGCUGAACACCUUCUACUACCGGAAUCACGAGAUUUGCCUUAAUUUCUUAUUAGCUGUGGUAUUUAUGCAAAAAGAGGUGUUAGUUUUUACUUUAUUGAAUCUUUACUGGAAUAUCUGCUUAAAUUUAAAAGGAUGGAAUUAUUUUAAUAAGAAGAACCUUGCUUCUUCUUUCUGACUUCAUGGAUAGUCUUGCAUCCAUUUAGGGGGAUAUUGCCUAGCAACCUGCAGCCUUAACCAGAGCUUGAUGUGUAAACCUUAUUUGUAAAUUUUACAGGUACUUUAUUCAGGCUUUAGCUGCUGGUGCAGCCACAGCCUUUCUGCCAGACCACAAGCAUUAUAAACUCUUAUGCUGCACUCAGUGUGUAAUUAAAAAGAAUUGUCCUGCUCCCAGUUGCAGCAGCCAGAGAAUCAUAAAAAUGCUGAUGUUCUGAUUAAAAUUUGCACAAGCUACUGUAAAUCAACACACUUUCUUAAGAUGCUGCACCUUUUAUUAUUUUCAUUUUAAUCCUGUGGAUCCUGAAAUGUAACGCUUUUAGGAAUAACUUUUAAGAAAACUUGAUUUUAAGCCUGCACACUACUGAAAGGGUUGGGGCCAAUGGGUAAAAAAUGUACUUAGUGU